UUGCUCGUUGGCGUUAUCGGCGUCGUCACCGUCGCCGCCACCAUCGACGACGACGACGACGACGACGGUAGUGCGCGUCAGUACGCGGCCGUGCAGUGCUGCCGUGUCGGUCGUUCCUUCGCCGUCGCCUUCGUCGGUCGAUAGAGGCACGCCGGCGAAGGUGCGACGUACGUCCACUUCGAUGAGCCGCCCGCCCGUACUUUAUAAUGCGGCGCGCCCGUUAUCAUCGUCGCGCUUCCUGUCCCUCCGCCACGUCGUCGUCCACGGGUCGCCGCGGCCGCGCGUCGAUCAGACCUCGCGUUCACCGCCGGGUGACUCUAUAAAGACUUGAGAGCGUCGCGGUAUUCGCGAGCGGCGCGCAAGACGAGCAGCGUCGCGCGACGAGCGACGCACUCGUCAACGUCCCCGUCGUCGCCGUGUUGAGGGACGCGUCGUAUUCGUGCGAUCAGUAAAGCCAAAUCGCACGAAACCGGAAGUCGUUCCCCUGUGCGGUUGCAUAGGUUUUCUAUUUGCAUGGGCUGAGCCACAGACAGGUGAGAGAGAGAGAGAGAGGGGGAGAGAGAGCAAUCCAGUUCCUUACUCCGAACCGGAAAGUGAUCCUGUCCGCGACUCCUAUCCUGGGAUACGAUCGCAGCUGUGUUUUCAUUCGAUACCAAGGGCGAGCACUCCUAACGGAAAGAUAUUCCAGCAGCGUCUCUCGAUACAGCUUCGCGCGAUGGAGAUGGGCCUCCAGCAGCAGCUGUCAUUAUAGCGCGCCACGUCUCGACGCCGAAGCGGUAUGAGUCACGCUUUAAUUAUUGGUUUGACGUUUUAGCGAUUUAUUGCCGCGACACUUGUUAUCCCUCAUUUCGGAUCAUAGCCGGAUUAUUCCGGACUUGGAACUGGGUCCAUCCAGUUCUCACGCCGAGCCGGUUGGCGUCCACGUUGAAACAAUUUGCCUUUGUUUUCCUCGGAGGAUAUUACAUUUGUACGGUGUCAUUACGAGGAUGAACGUCGAAGCUGCCUUAGCUCUCGGAUACGCGAAACCGUAAGAAGAAAAUUGGACAAUUAUCUCACUGAGAGAAAACGUUCGUUCUCUCUCAGAAAACAGGCUGCGCGAGAGAGGAAUUUUCCUGAACGGCUCCCGAAGGCUUCCGAAAUCGCUCAAUCAUCGUAGAUCGGUGUAUGUAUGCUGGUGUAGUACGUGAUCCGUGGGGAACGAUCACGUUAUAGAGACUUGACGGUGUCUGAUUGCACUCGGAGGGUAGGACGUCAUCGAAUAAACCGCCCCUAUCGCUGCUGCUACGAAGGGAUCGGGGGAGUCAAUCGCGGGGAGCCCCGCAGCACGUGCGGGCGUGCUCGUCGUCGUGGCGGUUCCCUUCUGAUGGUACAACGGGUAAAAGUAGUGACUCACCGGCGACGGACGAGCGCGGACGACAGCGUGGAUCGUCCACGGCAGAAGCACCGUCGUCGUCGUCGUCGUCGUCGCGCCACGUCGGGUGGUGGUGGUGCGCCAUGGGUCGCCGCCUCGCCCCGAUGAUCAUCCCCGCGCUCCUCCUCGUGCUGGCCCUCUGCUGUCCGGGAUGCGGACGCGCCAACUUCGCGCCCUUCAACGACCUGGCAUCCGCGGAGCGGAUCCCGGCGGAGAAGCGUCCCGCGCCGCACGGGCCGCAGAUCGACGCCGGCGACUUCCACGGCGAUCCGUACGGCGCUUACCCGGGCCUGGGCUUCGGGCCCAUGGGCCCGAUGAUCCGCUCGGCCCCGCCGAACGAUGACACCCCACGCAGCCUCUCGUCGGCCAGCAGCGACGAUGCCGGGCAACGGAAUAUUCCUAAGGAGUCGCAGCUCGCCUCGGCGCGCUCCGGCGACGACGCCGCGGUCGGCGACGACUCCUCGACCGGCAACAACGAACAUUCGCCGAAACCGGAAUAUCGCAUCGUCAGCGUAGAGUUCACGCGCGUCGAAACGCCCUUUCUCAUCGGGAUUUGGAUCUUCUUCGCCAGCAUUGCGAAAAUCGGUUUCCACAUGGCGCCGAAGCUCAACAAGAUCUUCCCGGAGUCCUGCUUGCUGAUCGUCGUCGGCGUGAUCGUCGGCCUGCUGCUGUUCCAGGCGAGCAGCGUUCACAUUUCGCCGCUAACGCCCGACACAUUCUUCUUGUACAUGCUGCCGCCCAUCAUCCUGGAUGCUGGCUACUUCAUGCCCAAUCGGCUGUUCUUCGACCAUCUCGGGACGAUACUCCUGUUCGCUGUCGUUGGAACUGUAUUAAAUACGAUGUCGAUAGGUGUUUCAUUAUGGCUGUUGGGGAAAAGCGGUAUGUUUGGUUGUGAGACGCCUAUCCUCGAUAUGUUCCUAUUCUCGGCGUUGAUCAGUGCUGUCGAUCCCGUGGCCGUGCUGGCCGUCUUCGAAGAGAUACAUGUGAACGAGAUACUCUACAUCGUCGUGUUCGGAGAGAGUUUAUUGAACGACGCGGUCACUGUCGUGCUCUAUCAUAUGUUCGAGACGUACAGCGAGAUGGGCCCUUCUAGGAUCAUUUACACGGACGUGCUGUCGGGCCUAGCUUCGUUUUUGGUGGUGGCGAUCGGUGGCACGGUCAUAGGUGUAGUUUGGGGUUUCGCUACUGGCUUCGUGACCAGGUUUACACAUCAGGUGCGCGUGAUCGAGCCGAUAUUCAUCUUCGUGAUGGCGUACUUGGCAUACCUUAGCGCAGAGAUCUUCCACUUGUCCGGCAUAUUGGCAAUAACCUUCUGCGGUAUUACGAUGAAGAAUUACGUUGAGGCCAAUAUAUCGCACAAGUCUCACACGACCGUCAAGUAUACAAUGAAGAUGCUGUCAAGUAGUUCGGAGACCAUUAUAUUCAUGUUUCUCGGCGUCGCUACGGUGAACAAUGCUCACAACUGGAACACGUGGUUCGUCGUCAUGACGAUAGUCUUCUGCUCCGUCUAUCGAGCCAUGGGCGUGAUAGUGCUGACAGCGCUGGCGAAUCAGUUCCGGCUGCACAAAUUGGACAAGGUGGAGAAAUUCGUCAUGUCCUACGGCGGUUUACGAGGCGCCGUAGCAUUCGCCCUGGUGCUUCUUAUAGAUCCAAGACACGUGCCUCUGCAACCUAUGUUCGUCACUACCACCAUCGCCGUCAUCUACUUUACCGUCUUCAUCCAGGGGAUUACCAUCAAACCUCUCGUCAAAAUCCUCAAUGUCAAAAGGGCGGAGAAGAGGAAGCCGACGAUGAACGAGAGGAUCCACGAGAGGAUAAUGGAUCAUACGAUGGCGGGUAUCGAGGACAUUUUGGGAAAACACGGCAACUACCACGUCCGGGAUAAAUUCAAGCGAUUCGACAAUAAAUUCAUCCGACCUUAUCUCGUGAAAGAUCAUUGCGGCGCCGAGCCAAAGAUUCUGGAAACUUACUCGAAGCUGGCGAUGAAGGAUGCGUUAGAUUACAUAAGAAGAAAUGCCUCCACUAUCGGCAACAUUAGCGGCACCGAAAGUAUGUCGGCGAUAUUCCGUAAUUACAGCAAUACCGGACAGUUCAAUGGAAGUCCCAGCUGCAGCCAGCUCGAAUCGGGAUGGAAUAUCGAUCUGCAGGAACUGGAGUACAAUCCUUCCAAAAAAGACCUAACGGACGCGAGAAUCCACCAUCUGCUCGCCGAAGAGCUUUGUAAACCAUACAAAAGGCAUCGACGUUUGAGCUACAGUCGACACGCGGUGAAUGAUCGCGAUCUCUCGACACAAGUCAAUUACAAAAUGCACAUGAAUAUUCGACGGAUGAUGGGGGAGCACAAACAUCGCCAUAAACGCAGCAAAAAGUUACUCAAAGACGGCAAACAGAAUCACGUUAGUUUCCCAGAAUUUCAACAGCAGAACGGCUCGACAAAGCUAUUUACGCAAGAUUACAUCAAUGGCGUGCUGUAUGAGUUAGAAAACGGAGAAACCUCGAAGCCCUCCAGCAAAGAGGAUUGGGAUUCAGCGAUCACGUUCACCGCGCGAACAUCCGGUGCGGAAGGCUACAGAGUAACUACCCCUACGGCUACGGAAACUAUGUUACCGUGGAAACGUGAGGACGAUUACGAAUCGGGUCAUCCGAUCAAGCAGCACGAAUUUCCAGCCUGGUGCUCCAAUAAAGAAUACCUCGCCUACAGUUCGCCCUCCGCCACUUUCUUAGGUGGGAUCGAACAGCCGAAAGUCCAAUCCGUGAUUGGCCUAUUUCGACGCGAGAGCGUGUGCACGCCCGACAGUAUCGAUUGCCAAGAGACCGUCGACGAGGUGGACGAGACGGACGAGUACACCCCCGCGGAAAUGGAUUCCCCCGCGAAAACCAAGGGCAACUCGAGGAGGGUGCCCGCGAGGAGGGUGUCAAUGAUGGAGCUCGGCUUCGCCGACCGAGCUCGUUCGGUGGACAGAACGGCGGACGACGGAUCUCACUCCUUGCCGGACUGCUGGAAUGUCCAGAGAGUACGCCUUAACUCCCUCGCCUGCUCGCCCGCCCAAAUGCCGACUCUGUCGACCGCCCUGAUCGCCUCCUCCACGUCGGAAUCGUCGGAGGAUGUGGAUGACGAAGAAGAGGAGAAGGCUUGACCCUUGGGGACCGUCGCUGAGGAGCGACCGUCCUCCUUCACGGACGUCGAGCGUCGGCGUCGUCGGCCCUUCCGACGACCACCGCGACACUCGUUGCUCACCUCGCUCCUGCGACGACCGAGUGCCCCCGUUUGAGAAGAUCUGCCCUUGACAAGCCGCCUUCUGCAGGGGGCAUCUCACGAAUCUGAAUCUCGGCCUGAAUUUUGUUAAUACGCCCCCGCGAAUACGCGAAACAAGACGUUGCGAUAAAUAGAUCCCGGGAGAAAUGACUGUGCAAGGAGAGACUGUGGAAAACGCAUCGGAGCUUUCGAUUGAAUUUUGUACGAGGAGAGAUAUUUAGGAAGAUGCGAAAAUUUCACCUUUAAUUGGACGAAGGUUACACGCGAAGACAAAAAGGGAAGAGAAGAUGUUCUUUCUAAAAAGUUCACGGUGACAAGUUUCUCCGCGGUAACGCAAAAAAGCGAUGAAUCUCUCUGGACGAUCUUCUAUUCAAGUUUGGUAUUCGAUAUUCGCGAUAUACAGCUCGCCAAUUCGGAAGGAAACGAAACGCGUAUGCGAGAUUGAAAUUUGAUGAAUGAAUCACUGUUAUUUUUUUCUACACGUCGCACGAAACGCAUUCGCGAGAACGAGGGCGCUUGUCAAGAGCAAGGGCUUCUUUCUAAAUCCGUCUUUAAGACGUCUUGGAAUUGUGGCCUUAUAAGGACUAUAAAAGUGCUUGGACGCCGACGACUUGUACGCUAUCGUCGUCGUCGUCGUUAUCAUCGGCAAUUAUCAAAAUUGUCGGUGCUAUCGAUAAAAGUGUGUUUGUGUUGUAAGAAUUGUUGCGCGGCGCCGUUAAAUGCGCCGCCAGCUUGUCCCAAGAUUUACCACGAGUACCUUCUCUCGGGGGGUGGAUUAGACGAUGAUCAUCGCUGUUGUGUACUACGCGAUUAGCUCACGGUCAGACUAAUCGACUUAGUAGAAAAUUACGUAUAAAGUCGGAUUAAACACUUAAGUCGCUGCCACAAUUUACUAUAAAUUCUGAACGUAAUUCUGCCAGUAGGAUAAUGAGAAAAAAACAGAAACUUGCGCCAUAAUGUCGCCUCUGGUAAAAAUAUUCAAUUUUCAAUCAAAUAAAUAAUUCACGUUACUACCGAACUAUUUUACGAUAUCAUUUUCUAUAGAGAAAAUUCAACUUUAAUCUCCACGUCGCUUGAUAGGAAAUAUUUUUAUUCUUCCUAACAAGAUUUUGAACAGAAUCAUUUCAAACUCUCACACUCAUCAAACUGUCAAUUAUAGGUAUAUACUAUGACUCAUCUUUGCCAUAAGCUUUUGAAAAUAGUGAAAGGAAAAUAGCGAAUUCGAAUGAUUGGGAAUUAGGCGUUCAUUAAUCAUUCGAUCAAAUCUACGCUUUGUUCGUUUAAGUCGAUAGUCUGGCCGCAGCUUCGUUCGCAAAACGACCGAUAGUCCAACAUUAGGUGCGUUAUAUCGUUAGUAGUCUCGUUAUCGUGUUUCUGACGCAUGCACGCACGCAUGUAUGCAACAUCGCGGCACGUCGCGGUAUACGUAGAUGACAUCUUGUAGCGACGCAUCCCCAGCUGAAUUUAGGAGAAUUAAUUCCUUUCCAAGCGAACGGUUAACACGACGUUCAAUCGACGGUGCAACUACCAAUUGCGUAGAAUUGCUCAGGCGAGAGAGAGGUGCGUACAGGCGCGCCGCUCUUCUCUUCGAGUAUGGCCUUAAAGAAAUCUUUUCAGCAAGCGGAUACUCGUGAGUAACACGGUGCCUGGUGUAUGAUAAUACACUGUUAUAAUACAUUGUUAAUAUCGCGCGGCCACGGCACCGCUUGGUCAAUAUUUAGCGAAAAGCCGCCAGAAGCAUGUACAUACGGUUUUUCUUAGAAAAGAUACGCUAGAAAAUUGUCGGCAUCCUCAUCAUUGUCAUCCUCAGCAGCAUCCUCAUCCUCACUAUUUUUGUUAUCGUUUAGUAUUAUUUCGUCGGUGGAGAGAAAAAGAAGAGAGAGAUAAAAGGAGGCGGAGCGCGACCACUAGACCACUCGGUAUUCUAGUUAUUAUUGUUACACUUGUUACUAUCGCUAGUAUGUGAUUAUACUAGUUCUACUACUAAUAAUUAAUAAUGCAAUUAUAGCCAUCGCUCGGCGCGGGCGGAAAUCAGAAGCGUCGAGUUCUUGCUAGUUUCGAGGGGAACUUGGUCAACAGAGUCUUUUGAUAGUUGGAGACUUAUUUUGAUUAUCAAAAUACGAAUCGAGAAAAGAGAGUGAAGUUAAGAAGUGGGAAGAUCGCCUGAAACAGUAGAACCUUGUCAUCAACCGUCCCAAACAUUUCUAUUGUAGGUAUAUUACAGAAAUUGCUAUCUUCCUUAGGCUCAUUCUUUUUAGCUGAAUAUCUUGCACUGUUUAUCUUUCCUCUUUUUCUCUACAUUGAAGAGAAAAAGAGAAAAGUUGAAGUCGUGUCAAAAGUUCAGCUAACAGGAAUCUCUUGUAUUUAUUUUCGCGUCACUCAUAACAAUUACCUAAUACCGAUUUUAUUCUUGCCAUAAUUAACUUAGACUCAAUAGGCUUUUGACUUUUAACAAUUACCUCAUGGCUCUUUGGGACCCUGUGAUUUUUAUACUUCCUUAUAAAUGCAUUAUUGUAAUACGGAUCAGUACUUAAUUUAGCAUACGCAAUCUCUUGAUAUCCGAACCACUUUUGUAUCUACGUAAGGGUGACAGGGUAUAAGUUCGCUUU